GAGAAAAUUACAUUUCUGUAACAGGUGAAGGGAUGGCUGAAAAGUAUACAAAAGGAAACACUGACGAAAUAAACAAAAGUAAAGAUGUCCCUUCUGAUAAAGCACAGAAUGAAGAGAGCAAAACUAAGGAUGAGAAAGGAAAAAAGAUUGAACAGGUCGGCCCACUGUCAUUGUUUCGCUAUGCAGAUUGUGGUGAUAAAUUGUUGAUGGUGCUGGGUAGUUUUGCUGCCAUAAUUCAUGGAACUGCCCUGCCACUCAUGAUCAUAGUGUUUGGAGAGUUGACAGACAGCUUUGUUCAUCAUGGACUUAUGAAAAAUAUACCAGCAAAUUCAACGCUGAAUGUAACUGGUGAUUUUACCGAAACAUUGGAGGAGCAAAUGACGAGAUUUUCCUUUUACUAUUCAGGGUUAGGGGGAGGUGCUUUUAUUACAGCCUUUAUGCAGAUUUGCUUCUGGUCACUGGCAGCAGCAAGGCAGACAAUGAAGAUAAGAAUUGAAUUAUUUCAUGCUGUGUUGCGUCAAGAAAUUGGAUGGUUUGAUGUCAGUGAGGUUGGUGAGAUCAACACCCGUCUAACUGAUGAUAUUUCGAAAAUACAUGAUGGUAUUGGUGAUAAAAUAGGCAUUCUCAUACAGUCACUGUCCUCCUUUGUAGCUGGGUUAGUGGUUGGCUUUAUAAAAGGAUGGAAGUUGGCAUUGGUGAUUCUGGCUAUGAGCCCCGUUAUGGGAAUCUGUACUGCAAUCUGGGCUAAGAUACUGACCUCGUUCACAAAACAAGAGCAAACUGCCUAUGCAAAGGCUGGAGCUGUGGCAGAGGAGGCAUUGUCAUCCAUCAGAACUGUGGUAGCUUUUGGAGGACAAAAGAAAGAAGUUGACAGGUACCUAAAAAAAUUAAUUGAAGGCCACAAGCUUGGAAUCAAAAAGGCCAUCAGCAGCAAUAUAGCAAUAGGUUUCAACUACUUAAUAAUGUUUGGCUGCUAUGCUUUGGCCUUCUGGUAUGGAAGUAUCCUUGUUUUGGACGAGGACUAUACAAUUGGAACAGUGCUUACAGUAUUCUUCGCAGUCAUAAUUGGUGCAAUUUCCAUUGGUCAAACAUCACCGCACAUUGAAGCAUUUGCCAGUGCAAGAGGGGCAGCGCAUGUGAUCUAUCACAUCAUGGACCAGGAACCAUUAAUUGACAGUUUUUCGGAAAGUGGACACAGACUCAGUCAAAUUAAAGGAGAUGUAGAAUUUUCAAACGUGCAUUUCAAAUAUCCAUCACGACCUGAUGUUAAGAUAUUGAAGGGUCUGAACUUGAAGUUACAAAGUGGCCAAACAGUUGCACUGGUUGGCAACAGUGGCUGUGGAAAGAGCACCACCAUUCAGCUUCUGCAGAGAUUAUACGAUCCUGAAGAUGGAAUGAUAAUGCUCGAUGGACAUGAUAUUCGGUCCUUGAAUGUUAGGCAUCUCAGAGAAUUUAUUGGAGUUGUGAGCCAGGAGCCCAUCCUCUUUGCCACCACAAUAACUGACAACAUUCGCUAUGGCUGUGAAGAUGUCAGCAUGACUGACAUUGAAGAGGCUACCAAGGAAGCUAAUGCAUAUGAAUUCAUUAUGAAAUUGCCAGAUAAAUUCAAUACAUUAGUUGGAGAAAGAGGCACUCAGCUCAGCGGAGGCCAGAAGCAAAGAAUUGCCAUUGCGCGUGCACUUGUUCGCAAUCCCAAAAUCCUGCUGCUGGAUGAAGCGACGUCUGCAUUAGAUGCUGAGAGUGAAGCUGCAGUCCAGGUUGCACUUGACAAGGUACGACAAGGCCGCACCACAAUAGUAAUUGCUCAUCGCCUGUCAACUGUUCAAAAUGCAGACGUCAUUGCAGGAUUGGAAGAUGGCGUAAUUGCAGAGCUGGGAACCCAUGAACAACUGAUGGAAACAAAGGGGAUCUAUUACAACUUGGUCACCACACAGACUUUUAAGCGUGAAAAUGAAGAUCAAGAGAGAAAUGAUGAUAAAACAGAAGAAAAAAGCACCAAAAGGAUACUGCCUGGACUGUCCACGCAAGGUAGUGUAAAAAAGGCAGAAAUAGCCGAGGAGAAGACAGAUGCAAGUGAGGAUGCACAGGAUGAGGAUCUACCCAACGUGUCCUUUUUUAGGGUCCUCAAGAUGAACAAAAGGGAAUGGCCUUAUCUAUUAAUGGGAACUUUCUGUGCCGUUAUAAAUGGGAUCUUGCAGCCUGCCUUUGCCAUAAUUUUUUCAGGGAUUAUCGGGGUUUUUGCGCAACCAGACAAGAAUGUUGUACGUCGUGAGGCUACGUUGUAUUCCCUAUUUUUCUUAGCAAUAGGAGGUAUCUCCUUUGUUACUUUUUUUAUUCAGGGAUUCACAUUUGGUAAGUCUGGUGAGACACUGACUCUGAGGAUACGAUCCAUGGCAUUUAAGGCGAUGAUGCGACAGGAUAUUAGCUGGUAUGAUGAUUCGAAAAACAGUACCGGAGCGUUAACAACCAGACUUGCGAAUGAUGCAUCUCAAGUUAAGGGGGCUACUGGUGCCAGACUUGCUACGGUUGCACAGAAUGUAGCUAAUCUUGGAUGUGCCAUUAUUAUUUCCUUCAUCUAUGGCUGGCAACUGACUCUGUUGGUCUUAGCCAUUGUGCCAAUCGUGGCAAUUUCAGGAGUGAUACAGAUGCGAAUGGUCACUGGUCAUGCCACCAAGGAUCGGGAGGAACUGGAAAAUGCUGGAAAAAUUGCUACAGAGGCAGUUGAAAACAUUCGAACUGUUGUAGCUCUAACAAGAGAGAAAAAAUUUGAACAAAUGUACAAAAGUAGCAUGGCUGUUCCAUACAGGAACGCCAAAAAUAAAUCUUGCAUUUAUGGAGUCACCUUUGGCCUUUCACAAGCAGUUAUGGCCUUUGCUUAUGCAGCAUGUUUUCGAUUUGGAGCCUGGCUAGUGACACAUAACUACAUGGGGUUCCAAGACAUUUUUCUCGUGUUCUCAGCGAUUGUAUUUGGAGCAAUGGCUUUGGGACAAGCCAGCUCGUUUGCACCUGAUUAUGCCAAGGCUAAAGUAUCAGCAGCCCGAAUCAUCAUGUUGAUUGAACAAACAGUAUCAAUAGACAGCUUUAGUGAUGCUGGUGAUGUUCCCAGCACAUUUGAAGGAAUGGUCAACUUUGAAGAUGUUGCCUUUAACUAUCCCACUCGCCCGGAUGUGCCUGUGUUACAAGGUUUAACAGUCGCAGUUGCAAAAGGACAAACCUUGGCUCUAGUGGGAAGUAGUGGCUGUGGGAAAAGCACCACCGUGCAGCUGCUGGAGAGGUACUAUGACCCACAAAAUGGAAAAGUGUUUUUAGAUAACAACAAUAUAAAGGAUCUCAAUAUUCAGUGGGCUCGGGCACAGAUUGGUAUUGUGUCUCAAGAACCAGUGCUGUUUAACUGCAGCAUUGCUGAGAAUGUUGCCUAUGGGGACAACAGCAGGAUCGUAUCCCAGGAAGAAAUAGAGGCUGCAGCCAAAGCUGCUAACAUACAUUCUUUUAUUGAAACUCUCCCUCAGAAAUAUGAAACGAGUGUCGGAGACAAGGGCACCCAGCUCUCUGGUGGGCAGAAACAGCGUGUGGCCAUUGCCCGAGCAUUAGUCCGAAAUCCUAAGAUCCUGCUCCUAGAUGAAGCUACAUCAGCACUGGAUGCAGAAAGUGAAAUGAUUGUUCAAGAAGCACUGGACAAAGCAAGAGAGGGCCGUACCUGCAUUGUGAUAGCUCAUCGUUUGUCUACUGUCCAAAAUGCCAACAAAAUAGCUGUGUUUCAUAAUGGACAAAUUGCAGAGGAAGGAACACACCAGCAACUUUUGGCCAAACAAGCUCUUUAUUACAAUCUAGUUAAUGCACAAAUGGGACGAAACUGAGUGGGAGGAGAAAUAUCAAUCACUGUAUAGGGUGAU